AUGGCCGACCCUUCUACACCCCCCGCCCGCCCAAAUGGUGGCGACAAUGAGAGCCCGAAGCUUCGAAUAUACGACCAAGAUUUCAUCAUGGAAAUUGCUGUGCGCAAAGACAACGCCGUAACUGUUGUCCAAGACCUUGUUGGAGAUGAGGUCCGGCCUUCUAAGGCACCCACGACUCGUAUCGGACAUUACAACGACACACUGAGUAAAAUCGAAGAUUGCCGUAAGCAGUGGUUGGAAGCGCACAAGGAGGAAGAGUCGAUUCACAUGGAGUUCAUGAAGGCAGCAACAGCGAAGAUCCAGACACGCAAGGACGCAGCCCGAGCUGAAAACCGCAAACGGCGUGAUGAUGCUAUCAAGAAGCUAGACGAUGAACAGCGCAUCCUCGAGGAACGAAUCCGUCAAAUAAAACUGGAGAAAGCCGGGCUGCAGAACCUGGAGACUGGCAGUGUGCCAACCACACAAACCGCAGCAUCCGAGCCCGAGAAUGGUAAUAAUAAUGUCGUUCUUAUUAGCGGUUCGGCGAGAUCCCCAGAGCGCAGCGCAUUAGACUUUUGGAGCACUGCGGGGCGUGGCAGCCACGAAGGAUGGGGACUCAGACGUAGCAGUGCUCCCUUCAUCGAGAGAGGUGGCGCAAGUAGCGGAGGCUAUUCCCACUUGACAGGCUAG